AUGUCUACGGGAUUCACAAUCCGAAGUACGAAUUUGGUGAAGAAUGGGGUAGGGAGGCAUGAGAGAGAUGGCAUCAUGAUUGAGCUGCGGGAAGAUGCUGGUAUUGAAAGACCAAUAACUAUCGGUGUCUGGUGGCUGGACGGUCUUCCAUCUAUUGAAAUCAUACAUCUGCUCUCGCAAUCUACAUCGAGCCAAAAUUUCAGUAUCAAGGAAUUGCUACUGAUCGAUGCUAUCUUCCAUAUUCCAUGGAAAUCGUUCACUGAAGUUUCCAAGCCCGAGCUAGGAGCCAUCCCAAAGCUCGUUCGACUUGCAUUGGAUGUUAGGGGAUAA